GUACCCGUCUGGGUAUCCUCAGCAGUGCGCGCGCACACAUACACAGAGUUCUUAGAGAGAGAAACACCAAAACAAAGAGAAAAUACCAAUUCCAGGAGAGGGAAAAUCUAUACGUGCACAUACAUAUGCGUGUCUAGAGAGAGAGAGAGAAAAAUUGGGCCCUGGGAUCAGUGAAAUUGGUAGAGAGAGAAAGUGGGGGAUUUGGGAGAGGGAGAGGGAGAGAGAGAUAGAGAUUGGUGCACUUUGAGUUGUGUUCGUCUUGGAUAUUUUCUCCUACGUUUCCUGGACCGUCUCGAGUUAAUUAGAGAGAGAGCCAAAAUUUUCAUUUCCUCGACAAAAUUUUCGAACUUCUACUGAAUUCGAUCGAGGAAUCGGAGCUACGGUAGGGUUUUGAAUUGAAGGUUAUUUGGGUUUUAGUGUGAAGGAUUGUUUGGAGGUGAGAGUUUGGUUUGAGAUUGCUAAUCGGUGAGAUUGGAGCUCCGAUCUCGAUAACAAGUUUGGGAAUUUAGGGUUUAGAACAUGGAUGUUGAUUCCAAUAUGGUGUCUGAGUCCGAUCAGGAUCCGACGGUGCAGAACGGGACUACCUCUGAAGAUGACUCUCAGGUUCCGAGCCCGUCAGGAUCUCCACCGUCGCUACCAUCUCAGCAACAGCAACAGCAACAGCCGCCUCUGCAAAGCUCCUCUCCGGUAGUGGGGCCAAGGCACGCGCCGACGUACUCGGUGGUGAAUGCGAUAAUGGAUAAGAAGGAAGAUGGGCCGGGCCCGAGGUGUGGGCACACGUUGACAGCGGUUGCGGCCGUUGGGGAGGAGGGCUCGCCGGGGUAUAUUGGACCUAGGCUUAUACUAUUUGGUGGUGCUACGGCCUUGGAGGGGAAUUCAGCUGCCACGGGGACUCCUUCAUCGGCUGGAAGUGCUGGAAUUCGGUUAGCAGGGGCUACAGCUGACGUGCACUGUUAUGAUGUCUUGACAAAUAAAUGGUCUAGAGUUACUCCAAUUGGAGAACCACCCACGCCAAGAGCAGCUCAUGUGGCAACUGCUGUGGGUACUAUGGUAGUUAUUCAGGGAGGAAUUGGUCCAGCUGGAUUGUCUGCUGAGGAUCUUCAUGUUCUUGACCUCACACAGCAGAGGCCGCGAUGGCAUAGGGUUGCGGUCCAAGGCCCUGGACCAGGGCCACGUUAUGGACAUGUCAUGGCUCUGGUGGGGCAAAGAUAUCUCAUGGCAAUUGGUGGAAAUGAUGGAAAGAGACCUUUGGCUGAUGUAUGGGCCCUUGACACUGCUGCCAAGCCUUAUGAAUGGCGGAAAUUGGAACCAGAAGGAGAAGGUCCACCUCCAUGCAUGUAUGCGACUGCAAGUGCACGCUCUGAUGGNCCGUUUUGCCUCAUGUAUGCGACUGCAAGUGCACGCUCUGAUGGUCUUCUUCUGCUUUGUGGAGGAAGGGAUGCAAACAGCGUGCAUACUCCAUUGCUACUCUCAUAUUUGUUUAAUCCAUUUUAUCCUCUGCUUAAUUCUUUGCAGCCAUUGGCAAGUGCAUAUGGACUUGCUAAACAUAGGGAUGGUCGUUGGGAGUGGGCCAUUGCUCCUGGUGUCUCGCCUUCUUCUAGAUAUCAACAUGCAGCUGUUUUUGUUAAUGCACGGCUCCAUGUAUCUGGAGGGGCACUUGGUGGUGGACGCAUGGUGGAGGACUCAUCAAGUGUGGCAGUUUUGGAUACUGCAGCCGGAGUUUGGUGUGAUACAAAGUCUGUUGUUACAAGUCCCAGGACAGGCAGAUACAGUGCAGAUGCUGCUGGUGGAGAUGCUGCAGUUGAACUGACUAGGCGCUGUAGGCAUGCAGCUGCUGCUGUAGGUGACUUGAUUUUUAUCUAUGGUGGUUUACGUGGGGGGGUGUUGCUCGAUGACCUUCUGGUUGCCGAAGAUCUGGCUGCUGCCGAAACAACAAGUGCAGCCUCUCAUGCAGCUGCUGCCGCUGCUGCAUCCAACUUACAGACAGGAAGGUUACCAGGGAGGUUUGGAUUUGUUGAUGAAAGAAUGAGACAGACGGUGCCUGAAGCAGUCCCUGAUGGUGCCGUUGUGCUGGGAAGUCCUGUUGCUCCCCCCGUUAAUGGUGAUAUGUAUACUGAUAUAAGCACCGAAAAUGCUAUGCUUCAAGGUUCCCGGAGAUUGAGCAAAGGUCAUGAGUACUUGGUUGAGGCUGCUGCAGCAGAAGCUGAGGCUAUAACUGCAACUUUAGCUGCUGCCAAAGCACGACAAGUUAAUGGAGAAGUUGAACUUCCUGACAGGGAUCGUGGGGCAGAGGCUACCCCUAGCGGGAAACAGAUAUCUACCUUAAUUAAGCCUGAUUCUGCUGUGGCAAAUAAUUCAUCUCCAGCUGGAGUACGGCUGCAUCAUAGGGCUGUUGUUGUAGCUGCGGAGACUGGUGGACCUUUAGGUGGCAUGGUCAGACAGCUUUCAAUUGAUCAGUUUGAAAAUGAAGGCAGGCGGGUUAGCUACGGAACCCCAGAAAAUGCAACAGCUGCAAAGAAACUUUUAGAUAGGCAAAUGUCUGUCAGCAGUGUACCUAAAAAGGUGAUUGCUCAUCUCCUGAAACCUCGUGGGUGGAAGCCUCCGGUUCGCCGACAGUUUUUCUUGGAUUGCAAUGAAAUAGCUGAUCUUUGUGAUAGUGCUGAACGGAUAUUUUCAAGUGAACCGAGUGUUCUACAGCUCAGGGCUCCCAUCAAGAUAUUUGGUGAUUUGCAUGGGCAAUUUGGGGAUCUUAUGCGUCUUUUUGAUGAGUAUGGCUCCCCUUCAACUGCUNCGGAUAUUUUCAAGUGA